AUGGGCAGGUUUGCACCAGAUAGCUGGGAGCCCGCGGUCAACAUUGUGACCUGGUUUCUCAUGACGACGGCCACCCUUUGCGUUCUCACUCGACUAGGGACCAAAUACUGGAUAUUCCGGCGGUGGACGACAGAUGAUUAUCUCAGUAUUGUCUCGAUGGUGUUAUGUGUGGCACAGUCCGUGGCUGUGUCAAUGGCCAUGGCUAAUGGAUAUGGUGAGCAUUUUGACGCAGUAUCAGGGCUGAAGGUGGACAGCAUUUUGAAGUCACAAUACGCUGCAGCUAUCCUGUUUCUUACGACCCUGUGUCUUUCGAAAUUGGCCCUCAUCCACUUUAUCUGGAGUGUGACACCAGUUACGUCCGACCGUUAUAUUGCCAUUGGCCUAGAGAUCUUUACAAUCCUGUGGGCAGUGACGUCUGUUCUCGCUUCUGCAUUUCAAUGCAGGCCGCCUCGACCGUGGGACUAUAUAAACGGGCAAUGCUUUAGUUUUAGAGCUUGGUGGAACUAUCUUUGCAUCACGAAUAUUUUGUCCGAGGCGGGGAUUAUCACACAGGCCUUCCUAAUUAUCACUAGGACACAGGCACGUUGGUCAAAGAAGGUGACGCUGGCCAGCAUAUUUGGGCUUCGAAUAUUUGUCAUUGUUGCGGUGAUCGUUCAACUGAUCUACAUCAACGAGAUGACCAUUUCUAUAAAUCCGAAUUCCGCUACGUGGUCGACGAUAAUAUCCACGCAGAUUGUUCAGUGCUUGAGCGUCGUAACUGCCUGCUCCCCGCAUUUCAAACCGUUCAUGGACAGCCUGCAAUCUACAGGCAUGCGCGUGGAUGGAAUGACAACCUACAACGUGAAUUCCACAAAGCGAUAUGGCUAUGGUCUUUCCUCGCUGCGCAACAGGUCGAUCCUGCGUAAUAAUGAAGACCAUGAGCUCGCUCCAAUCAUUCACGUCAACGGCACACACCAGACGACGGUCACCUCGACGGGAGCCAUAUCCGAGUGUGAUGCAGAGAGUCAAUUGAGUCAGACCCAUAUUAUUCGAGAGAUUCGGACAUACGCUGUGACUGAAUCACCCGCAAUAUGA